CCAUUAUCUCAUUUCUAAUCAAUUUCCCAAGUUUACAGUAGCCGGUUUCUGGUAGUAAAGCAGAGAGGAGCAACCCCAAAGUUUAGAAUUGGGAAUUACAGCGACAGCCGACAGGAAUCGAACUCAUAAAGUUAGGGCUUUCGCGCCGUCGAGCUUCAAGGGCUCUAAUAUGAAAGAUAUGUGCAGGAGGUUGUGAUAACAAGUUGAUGUGAAAUUGCUUUGGAAAUAUUGCUAGAAAUAUUUCCAAUUCUUUUUUUCGUUAUCAAGAAUUAAGCUGCUGAACUUGCUCAUUUCAUACCAUAAGCAUCCGAAAAGGGAUUUCAGUAGUUCUUUGCAAUGAAUUCUGUUUUCUUUCCGUUACCUAGCUGCCAGUUUCUCUUACCUUGUCUUCAAAAACAACCCCAAUGCAUUCUAACCAACCGUGUCUGUCAUCGGAACACCUACAUCUCUCCUCUUUCUCUUUCAUUUCCCUUUCUUUCACAUCAUUCUUUGCGUGCUCGCUUAUCACCUGUUGGUGCUACAGUUCCAUCAAAUGAAGGAGUAGUUACUGAAGGAGUGGUGUCUGUAAUCAACUUUGAAGAUUUUGCUGAGAAAGAUUGGUCAUUUCUUGAUUCAGAUAAUUUCAGUUCUGAAGAAGAUAGGCUAAAGGUUGAUCGCAUAAUAUCCACAGGAGAGAUUCAAGAAACAUCUAGGGUUAUGGUUUCAGUUGGUUCUGAAGCAUUUGUGGAUCAAUUGGUGGAAUCAUCACCAUGCAGUCUGUUGCUUGUUGUCCAUGAUUCACUUUUUGUGUUGGCCGGCAUUAAAGAAAAAUAUGACAAGGUUAAGUGUUGGCAAGGAGAAUUGAUAUAUGUACCUGAUAAGUGGGCUCCUUUAGAUGUUGUGUUUCUCUAUUUCCUUCCAGCCGUGCCCUUUAACCUAGGACAGGUGUUUGGAGCAGUUGCAAAAUGUUUUUCUCCAGGUGCAAGACUGGUUAUCAGCCAUCCCCAAGGAAGAGAUGUUUUAGAGAAACAACGACAACAAUAUCCAGAUGUUAUAACUUCUGACUUGCCUGAGAAGAGUACUCUAAAGGAAGUUGCAGCAGAACAUUUUUUUGAAUUAACUGACUAUUUCGAUGAGCAGGGCCUUUAUCUUGCUGUAUUGAAGUUUGUGGGGGCAAGUUGAUGAUGGAUGUAAACAUCACAACUUCAUGAGCAAGGAACAGUGGAUUCAACUUAAUGGAUUCAAAUUUAUAUGUUUCAACCGGCUUUUUAGUCCA